AUGAUCCAGGAACAAAUCAACCGCCUCCUGGAGGUGGUGGGGUUGGACUCGUGCAACCUCAAGAUUCUCAUCUGCGCAUUGCUUCUGUUCCCGUUUCUGUUUAUUUUCAAGCGGUUGCCCGACAAGAAUUAUACCUUGAAGAACGUCUACAACAUUGCGGUGUCAGUGUUCUACCUCUUUGGUAUCUGUGAUCUUGGUCUGGGGAUUAACACGUUGUUAUUUUCGUCGGUGGGAUGCUACUUCAUAACUCGGUAUGUCAGAUCCCCGGCAAUGCCAUGGAUUAACUUCCUCUUUUUGAUGGGCCACCUUGCCGUCCACCAUUUCCACAACCAAUUCUUCAAUGUCUACGAUCCCACGGUAAUUGACAUCACUGGGGCCCAAAUGGUGUUAGUGAUGAAGCUUUCGGCGUUCGGCUGGAACGUUUACGACGGCCGGGUGAUAAAUGCUGAUUUGUGGCCGUACGCGAAGGAGCGGGUGGUCGCCGACCACCCGAACUUAUUGUCGUACUUUGGCUAUGUGUUUUACUACGCCUCGUUGCUCACUGGUCCCGCUUUUGACUAUGCUGAUUACGAUAAGUACAUCAAGGGCACACUCUUCAGUGACGUGCCUCCUGAGAAGCGUCCUCGCGGCAAGCGGGUGAUUCCUCGCAGUGGUAAGCAAGCGUUUGCCAAAACCAUGCGUGGGUUUUUUUGGGCAUUCUUAUUUGUCAAUGUUGAUAAAUGGGUGCUGAUUCCUUACAUGGAGUCGAAGGCAUUCCUUCAUGACCACUAUCUCAUCUACCGGAUGUUCUACAUGUGGAUUUUGGGAUUCCUGUACCGUCUCAAGUACUAUGCCAUCUGGCUGAUCGCUGAAGGGGCGUGUAUCCUUGGCGGUAUCGGCUACAAUGGUUAUGACGAAGCUACUGGCAAGUUCAAGUGGGACCGUGUCCAAAACAUCGAUGAAGUUGCCUUUGAAACAGGACAAAACGUCCACGUGUGUUUGGAGGCGUGGAACAUGAACACCAACAAAUGGUUGAAGAACUACGUCUACUUGCGGGUGCCUAAACGGGGCCAGCGUCCCGGUUUCAAACUGACGCUUUUGACGUUCGCAACUCUGGCAUUCUGGCACGGAACUCGUCCCGGGUACUACCUUACAUUUAUCACAGGAGCUCUCAUGCAAUCUGUGGGUAAGAUCUUCAGACGGCAGUUGAGACCCAUCUUCCUCACUGCUGAUGGCGCUGCUCUCCCUUCAAAGAGAUUUUAUGACAUUGUCUGUUGGUUUGUUACCCAAUUAUCGUUUGGUUAUGCUGUGCAGCCGUUCAUGUUGUUAGAGCUCGGACUUUCGCUUAAGGUGUGGGCCGUGUGCUACUUCUGGCUUCAUUUAGGGAUGUUUGCUACUUUCUUCAUCUUCAGAGGACCGUUUGCUAAAGCAGUUAUGCGCUGGUUGAGCAAGUAUCGGGCCGAUGGCGGUCAACCCAAGAAGAAGUCUUCUACAUCGUCAAAGGCCGAACUGCUGAAAUUGACAGAUGGCGAAGUCGGGCAGGUGACCUCGGCGCUUAAAUCAAAGCAAGACGUGGCGAAAGAAGGGGCGUUUGAUUACCACACAUUGGGGCUCCCUUCAUUCGAGUUGUUGGAAGAUUCAGAGCAACAACAGCUUCAACAAGAGGUGGCGGAAAUCAAGGAUGCCUGGACAUCCUUCAAAAACCGCAACGGCAUCCAUCAUGAAGAUUUCGACGGAUUGAAGAACGCGUUCAACAACUUUGUCACCGAAGUUAAUGAGAUCAUUACCACUUACUCUCAAGAAAACGGUGCUGCUGCUGCGAAAAAGAAUACUUAA